AUGGAGUUCAUCAUCAAAUUCGCACAGACACACGAGACGUUUCGGCUAGCCGAAAUCGAGGCUCUCGCUGUCGUCGAAGACGUCGACCUGACUGUCAUUGAAUACAGUGACCAGUCCCCACUGUGUCUGGUUUCUCUGCCAUCGGUCGAAGCAGCACAGAAACUCAUCAGGCGAUCCAUCCUUGCGCAAUCAAUCCAUGAGUUUUGGGCAAAAGGCGCAACCCUUUCCGCCCUCCAUGAAUCAAACAAGACACGGACCGCCCAUCUAUGGCCACAAUACAAGGAGCCCUCCUUCAAGUUCGACGUCGAGUACUUCCAGGGGGCGCGCACCGCUGCCCAGCGACUGGCCAUCAUCAACUCGUUUGACUACCUGCCCUUUGACGGGCCCAUACGCAUGAAGGACCCCGACCAUAUCUUCACCGUCUUCGAGAUCUGGCCAUUUGACAGUGUACCCCUGGGCAUCGAGAACCCAGACAUGGUGUACCUUGGCCGAUUCGUUGCUGCCUCAUCACGCGACGUCAUCCUCAGAUUUGACCUGAAAAAGCGAGGGUACAUCUCCACCACCAGCAUGGACUCGGAGCUGUCACUGGUCACUGCCAACAUCGCGCUGGCAGCGCCGGGAAAGCUCUUUUACGACCCUUUCGUCGGCACAGGCUCGUUUCCCAUCGCCUGCGCGCACUUCGGGGCCAUUGGGUGGGGUAGCGACAUUGACGGACGUAGCAUUCGUGGCACGGGCGGCCACAAAAGCCUGCGCGGCAACUUUGAGCAAUACGGCCUACAGUCAUGCCUUGGCGACGUUUUUUCCGCAGAUUUGAUCAACUCCCCCAUAAAGAGAGGCAGAAGAAUAUGGGAUGGUAUUGUUUGCGACCCCCCCUAUGGGGUGCGAGAAGGCCUGAGGGUUCUUGGCCUCAGGGACCCGGAAAAGACCCCCUGGCUCAUCGAGAAGGGGAAAAAGGACGGAUCGUUGCCGGACUUCGUGCCGCCCAAGAAGCCGUACAGCUUCUUCGCAAUGCUCAACGACAUCCUCAUCUUCGCCUCUGAAACCCUCGUAGACAACGGAAGAGUAUCAUUUUGGAUGCCAACAGCAAAUGACGAGGAGCUAGAGAUACCCGUGCCGACGCAUCCAUGCCUUGAAAUAGUGGCUGUCUGUGUCCAGGUGUUCAACAAAUGGUCCAGGCGACUUAUCACGUAUCGGCGGAUACCUGACAGUCAGGUCACCCCAUCGGCGCUCGAGUCAUACCACGCCACGGGCAAGGCCGACAGCAUCGGCACAACCGCUGACGAGUUGAAUCCAUUUCGGCGUGGUUACUUUAGAAAAUUUGAGGCGAGUGAAUAG